GCUCCGCCUCUAGCGGCGUCUUCUAAUCGCGUUCUUCCGGCCUGCUCUUUCUUUUCUCCUUUCCUCCGCCAUCGUGCGCACUGCGCCUGAUUCGGCUUCUCGAAAUGUCGUCUCACAAGACUUUCAGAAUCAAGCGAUUCCUGGCCAAGAAACAAAAGCAAAAUCGUCCUAUUCCUCAGUGGAUUCGGAUGAAAACUGGUAACAAAAUCAGGUACAACUCUAAGAGAAGACACUGGAGGAGAACGAAGCUGGGUCUGUAAGGAUUCACACACCGGCAUGGCUGAGGGUUUCUGCUGUGGUCAUCAGUCAGUCCUACCAGAUGGAUUUCAAGCUCGUGUCUAAAUUAUGGUGUCUGUUCAGUAAUAAAAUUUAGAACCUUUCAAACUGC